CGUGUCACAAGGCAAACAAUAUGGCUGCUUGCUUGGUGUUAGCUGUCGUUAGCUAUUAAACGCUGAAUUUCAAUGUACGGUAAAGACAAGUUGAGUCGUUUUCUUGUAAGCAUGUGUACGCCGGCACCUGUUGCUUCACUGAGAGCACGCUUGACAAAAGGUUUAUUUAUCUAGACAGCAGUGUCGCAGAAAAUCUGAUCUCCCGGUCAGAGUCGGCUGCAUUAAAACCAUGGCCUCGGCAUUUGUCGUCGGUGAUACAUUCAGAAAUAAGGUUACGGAGUUAUUGGAAAAGUCUGACUCGUCGCUGCCCCAGCGACUGAGAGAAGAACUGGAGGAGACUCUUGCAAAACCGGAACCAAAAACCCUGUCCUUCAGUACAGCGAGAAAACUCAGGAAAUGGCUUCAGGACAAAGGACAUCCUUUCUACCUGCACGAGUUGUUGGAGGAGAGCUCACUGCACCUUCCUGAGGUCGUGAAGCCUCCCAGAAACCCUGAGCUAGUGGCACGUCUCGAGAAGAUUAAAGCCAAACUGGCCAAUGAGGAGUACAACAGAAUCACGCGUAAUGUCAACACUCAGGACAUCAACCGCAGUGGAACAUUAGCAGAUUUUGGACAGCAAAUGCGAUCGGUUAAAGCUUUGGUUUUGACCAUAUUCAACUUCCUGGUCACUGUGGUUGCUGCUUUUGCCUGUUCAUAUAUGGGAAGUCAGUACCUGUUCACUGAUACUGCAGCGCGAGUAAUAGCAGCUGUGAUUGCUGCGUCUGUAGUCGGGCUUGCUGAGCUGUAUGUGCUGGUCCGGACCAUGGAGGGGGAACUAGGGGAACCAUAGCAGCCCUACCAAGCCUACUGAUUCAGAACAGACAUUUCACUUUGCCAUGAAAACUUUGUGGACUUUUUGCUAUAUAUUUGACAGGAAACUUGGUGGACUUUUUGAGUAAGAAUAAGUUUUUCAAAUUUUCAAAUCAGUGACAUUUUUUAGCACAAAAUGAAAGCUGGAAAAUUACAAGAAAGGACACUGGUUCAAAAAGUGAUAUUUAUUAUGUUUUCUUCGUUCUCCUUGGCAUUGCCCUAUAAAAAUAUGUUCAUUUACUUAUGAUUCCCUCCAUUCUUUGUCAGAUGUGAUCAUAUGUUUGUGUUCAAUAAACUCAUCAGCACUAACUAAAGCUAAUUCAUCAAGCUGAUAACUGUCCAGUUAGUGUUACCUUCCCUAUAAAGUAGAUUUUGCUCGUCUGCACUUUGUACAUGUUUGUUCAGGAGAUAUGGAAACACUGUGACAUUGUGAGGACACUGGAACUUGAUAUAACACUGUACUUAUUUCAAUUUGACUUCACUGUUAGUUUCUGUUUUUAGUUUGUGAGUUACAUAUAUAUCUAAAACGGCCCAUUAACAUCUGUAUUAUACAAUUAUUGAGUAUUAAAAGGGAAGGUGUUUUUCUGUA